CCCCAGAGGACUUAUGUAACAGGAUAUAUGACCAGAAAAACUGAUAGCAGAAGGGAAGUGACAUCAGCAUGAUAAGAUUUCUCAGAAGACGAAACAACAACGACUUUGUCUGCGCGUAAAAAAUCCUGCUGUGUCAUCAUAGUCGCAGCGUUGGAUAUACAUUCCCUCUUCGAUCGUCUUCUAGACAGUUACUCAAGAUCAAAAAAUGAAUAUUUCGUUCAACGGUUGCGGGUUCAUGGUUAUGUAUCAUCUUGGCGUGGUGGAGUGCUUAAGAAAACAUGGACCGGCAGAUUUGCAUCUGAAAAAAGUGGCAGGGGCUUCGUCGGGAGUCAUCCCUGCUGUGGCUCUUUUGUGCAACAUAUCAAUAGAAAAAAUCACGGAUCAUAUUCUCAAAAUCGCUGAGUUAGCUCGCAGCCGAUUGUUCGGACCUUUUCGACCUUUCGCCCCAUACAUGAACGAUCUUAUAAGACAGGGACUUGAAGAGUAUCUUCCUAGCGAUGCCCAUGUGAGAGUGAAUGGAAAGAUUCACAUCUCUGUGACACGGGUAUAUGACGGUGGAAAUAUCAUUCUAAAGAACUUUGACAGCAGAGACGAACUAAUCCAGGCUCUAACAUGCAGUUGCUAUCUCCCGUUUUUCUUUGGUUUGAUUCCUCCGAAGUUCCGCGAGGUUCACUACAUGGAUGGCGGUUUAAGCAACAAUCUUUUUGUCCUUGAUGAAAGCACGAUAACUGUAUCUUUCUUUAGCGGCGACUCACACAUAUGCCCCCAAGAUAAAACCAACCCGACAUCAAUUUACAAAAUCGCCAAUUUAAAAGUUGAAUUGUCCUGGACCAACGCGCAACGACUUGCUCUGUGCAUGUUUCCCCCCGACCCGGAGACUCUAUUAAAGACUUGCCAGCAGGGUUUCGACGAUGCCCGGUUGUUUCUUCAGCGAAACAAUCUGGUCGUGUGUAACCAGUGUGUUUUUUCAAUGUACCCCGUCGUGAGCAGUGAUCUUACCAAUAUUAUCAAUUGUCUGGAGUGUGAUAUCUUGAAGAAGAUGCUGAAAGUUGGUGGUUUAUCAGAAGUGGUCACUAUGACCCUGGUGAGCGCCGUUACACAAGCCAACCAAGGACUGAUGAACAGGAUUUUACAACACCCGAAAAUGCGGCUAUUGACAUUUUUAAGCGUCCCCUACAUCAUACCAAUUGAUGUUGCCUUCGGUAUUUUAAUCAGGUUUGCUGAAAAUGCUUCGACAAUCUCAACAGUAGGGGCAAACUUGAAAGAAUUCGUAGAUUUCAUCUCGGCGUUUAUGAAAAGAACCUCUUAUUAGUUAAAGCAUUCUGCCUUCAUUUUAGCAGCCAGCUAUUUCAUUUUUCGUUUGAUUGGGUUUAAAACUAAUAUACUUCGUUGUCGCUUAUAGAAUACUAGCAAAUGUGCUCUCAUUAACACUUGAUGCAAUUUUUUGGGUUUUGUGUGCUGCCUCCUUUAUCUCAAACUCUCAGCCGCUCUCAGCUAACUUUGAUUAAUCAUUUGAAUACGACUAAGGAUGGCCAAUUUGGAUAAUUGUAAAUUUGUUACUCUCAUUGAAGGAAUUCAAAAACCUGUCAGUAAUAUGUAUGCUGUUGUUAGCUGUGUUGUUCAAGAGUCUAGGAGCCAAAAAUAACCCGUAGAAAUACCCUUCAUGGAAUCUGCAUUUUAGUUGAUCCUUCAUGUUAUGAAGGUUCUGUUCAGCGCGAAGAAUUCUGUAUUCAAUAUUUUACUCCCUUCAAUAGCUCUGCACCCAUAAUAGAAUGUGGUGAUGUUUUGGUUCUUCAAGGAAUAACAAAGCAGCAAAGCCUUAGAAAUCCUGAAAAAAGUGAAUUUCUUCUCAGAAGUGACACAAAUAACAUGAUGGUGGUGUUUCCAAAUGGAAAGAGAGAUUUAGUGCGAGUAGGCAGUGGAUUGGGCCCAGUCCCUAAAAACAUAACUCAGGAUAACUUAUGGUGUAUUGAAUCCCUCAGUAAUUGGCAUAACAAAAUCUGUAUGGCUCCUUGCAUUAUGAAUUCAAUUAAGUCACCACCCAUGUCCUCUCCAGUCAACUGGUCCACAAAACUAAAACAACAAUUAGCAGAAUUGGAUGUGUACUCCUCACGACUAAGACUGGAACAACAGCCUUUAGCCAGCUCUUUUCUUUCCGAAACGGCAACAAAAUUAAGGGAACUCAUCAACUCAGAGACAUUUCCGAAACACUGUCAGGACGACCGUGAAAGUGAGUCGGGAAGUUCUCCGAAAAAAAUCAAAAGAGGCUCUAUAUAGCUUGGCGGCGAAACACAACAACAUUUUACAUCUCUUUGAUCUGACAGUAAGUCAUGUGCUUCUCAAUAAGUCUGCUUACCGUUUGUUUUUUAACUUCCCAAGUUCACUUUAAUUGAAACUUUGGUCUUUGUUCUUAGCAUAAAUAAUCAAGAUGUGUUUGGGACCUUAUAAUGGUUUCCGUAAUUUCGUUGUUUAAGCACGAUUAAUUUUUCAUUGAUUUUGAUGUGCUGCAAUAUUUUGUUAAUCGAGAAUAAACAAAACUUCCUUUUA